CAGAAGGAACCCGCGAGUUUCGGGAUUUCGGGCCCUUGCCCCAAGCCAAGCCAAGUCGUGACCAGCAGUGUGGCACGUGUUAAAUAUAAGUAGUGCCAGUAGUGGUAGUGCUGCAGUGCUUGCGUGAUGAAACGCAGGCCCAGAGGAGUAGUGAAAGGAUCAUUCGGAUAUGGUGAUGAUGUGUCGGGGUUACAGAUAUCAAAAAGGAGGAAACACGAGCAAUGUGCAAAGAAAGCACGAGGGAAGGCAUGUCACGGCAGGAGCAAGGGUAUGCUACAAAAGGAAAUGGAGAGGAUCUGUCAGACACUGAACAUUGGUGAAAAACCUUCAAUGGAGAAGUUGAGGGUAGUGAACAAGAAGGAAGUAGAGGACAUGAGAGAAGCCUCUCAGGAAGAAAUGAAGAAAGUCCGUAAGAUGAGCUUCCUCCGUGACAACGAGGAAGAGGAAAGGAAUAUCAAGCAACUAGAGAAGAAACUUUUCCUCAGUCGGAGGAAAAAUACAAACAUGCCUCGUUCAUUCAUUGACGAGGGUCUGGAUUAUAUCUUGGAAGUGGUGGACAAUAAAUACAAAGAUAAGGCCUUCAAUAGGGAGGCAUCUGAAACAGGACAGAAACGCAGCUUGGAAAAAGGCAUUGAAAGCGGGAGAAGCAAAAUUGCAAAGACCUUGGACGCUCCCACAGAGGACGACGACAGCAAUGACCAAGUUGACUUCCCAGGUGCUGUGGCAUCACAUUCUAAGGACACGGACAAAUGUUGGGCCGCUGAGAGUAAAGAUUUGCCUGGCUCUGGAAAUGGUUCUGAGAAAAAAGAGGGAAUUUGGGAGGACAUAUACGGCCGCAAGCACGACAAGGCGGGCAACGUCAUUGCGGAAAAAUAUGUGCCGCCAGCGAGAAGGUCUGCGGAGCUGAGUGCAGAGAAGAAACGGGAGCUCCUGAUGCUCAAGAAACAACUCAAAGGUUCCCUCAACAGGCUUAGCCAAUCUACUGUGCAGCCGAUUGGAUCGCAAGUGGAGCAACUCUACCAGAAGUGCAGCAACCAUGAUGUCAACUCAACCUUAUUUGACGUCAUCUGCGAAGCGAUCAUCGCUCCGUUCCUAACUCCUCAGCGUAUGGUGAUGGACCAUGCCAUGCUGGUGGCUUACCUUCAUUGUAACGUUAAUGCGGAAGUUGGUGCCUAUAUACUGGAGAACAUGACCACCAAGUUGAAUACCCUGUACAAAUGCGAUGAACAAGACAGCAAGGAGGUGGACAACUGCGUCUUAUUCAUUUCCUACCUAUUCAUAUUUAAGGUGACACACUCCCGUCUCAUCUUUGACAUCAUCAACAUGCUGUCCACAUCAUUCAGGGACAGAGAUGUUGAAAUGGUCCUACUCAUCUUGCGCUCGGUUGGCUUUGGACUCCGGAAACAUGACCCUGCAACUCUGAAAGAGACCAUGCUAUCCUUGCAGAAGAAAAGUGUACAGGACUCUGAGCAAGACCCAAGAAAAAGGUUCAUGUUGGAUGUCCUCAUGGCCAUCAGAAACAAUAAUAUCCAGAAAAUCCCAAACUGUGACCCAUCCAUGGUUGAGCAUGCAUCCAAGACAUUGCACAGUUUGUGCCGAAAGGGUAGCACGAUACAUGAACUGAAUAUUUCUCUGCAAGACUUACUCCAAGCCAAAGAACGAGGCAAAUGGUGGCUCGUAGGAUCUGCGUGGGUCAAUUCUCCAUCAGAUUGUAAGGACAAGCCAGCCAAUGUGGCAUUCAGCAACAAAAUUGUGCAACUGGCCAAGAAGCACCACAUGAACACCGACGUGAGACGAAAUAUCUUCUGCAUCAUCAUGACUGCUGAGGACUACUUGGAUGCCAGUGAGAAGAUUGUGCGUCUUAAUCUGAGCAGUACACAGCAACAGCAAGUGUGUUAUGUACUGCUACACUGCUGCAUGAAAGAGAAAGGAUACAACCAAUACUAUUCAGCACUUGCCAAAUUGUUCUGCAAGCGGAACCGCAGGUUUUAUAUGAGCCUGCAGUGUGCUAUAUGGGACAAGAUGAAGGAGCUAGAACACAUUUCACAGACAGAGUCAUCAAACCUUGCCCUGUUUUUCAAGACCCUACUCUGUCAAGAUGUGCUUUCUCUUGCUGCCCUCAAGAAUGUGCAAUUUGUGGACAUGAGCCCAAGCCUGUUGAGAUUCCUGCGCCAACUGUUCAUCAACAUGUUGACCAGUGAAACGAACGACGUCAUUCGCAGGGUGUUCUCACGCAUUUCACCCAAGCUGCACCUUCUGAGAGAAGGUCUGCGUCUUUUCUUGCGACAGCUCCAAGAGACUGGUGACCCCAAUGUGGGUGUGUCGCUGCACAAUUCGCUUCAAGAAGCUUAUGCGGCUUUGGUAUCGGUUGAGAGGAGGGAUAAUCCUCCUUGAGUCUUGUCUGUUUGGACAUCUAACGAAUGAAAGUGCAUUUUUCAUCUCAAAACAUUAGUUAUGUAAUUAAAGCUCAUUGUGUUUGGAUACAAGCUCCAUAGAUCCAGAGUGAGCAUAUAUCCAUACAUAACAUUUGCAGGGUGAUACGAUUUGAUUGCAGAAAGAGAAUCCACAAGAGACACUCUUUAGGCCAAUGGCAAAUUAAGUGUUUCAGUAGAAAUGAAGUUAGCGUCUGUUAAAAUAGCAUAAGUGCUGGUGGAGGAACUCCAUACUGUAAAGCAAGCCCUGGAAAAAAAGGGAGUACACUUUUUU